CAGCUAUUUGUUCAUUUUAUAUUUUUAGGUUGUAAUUGAUGUCAAAAGUUUGACGAAGCACGGCUCUACUCUUUUCCAGUCCAGCGAGGGCACGACGCAAAUGCUUCCCAACAGCUCGGCUGCGCUCGUCAACGCCUCCACGCCGCCGCCGACCGCCACGGCGGAGGAGAUCGCGGCCGCCGACCUCAUCUCCUCGGCCAACCUUGUUUACUCAUUGCUGGCCGCCGCGGCCUUCGUCGCCGGCUGCUUCCUGUUGUACGUCUUUGUGCACACCUACCGGGCGCAUCGGCGCCUGGCCUGGCUGGACCGCCUGCUCUGGGCCUUCUGCGGCCUUCAGCUGCUGCUCCUCCUCUUCUCCUUCUACAACGUGGUGCACCGUCCCCGCAGCCUGAGGACGGCGGCGUUGGGCUGCGCCGCGCUUUCCUUCGCCAUCAACGCCGUGUCUCUCGGCGGCCUGUUGGUCUUAGCGCUGAUGGCUUACGUCCUCACCUUCGACCCGUCGUCCAACUAUCUCAUGAAGAGGCCCGGCGUCUGCGCGGCACUGGUGGCCCUCACGUCGGCUUUCGUUUCUCUUCUAUUGGCCGGCGUCCGAGGACCGGGGGAGGCUCUCUACCGGGAGGCGGACUGUUCCAUGGAUCCGCUCGACGCUGGAGUUUCGUACGCCGUCGCAAAGCUGUGCCUGACUUUCCUGAUCCCUUACGCGCUCCAACUGACGCUCGUGAUAUGCGGCUGCGUGCGGCAACGCAAAUCCAAUUGGAGGUUUGUCUCGAGCUCGGACGAGGGUCCGGCGUUCUUGGCGGUGAGCGCGACGCUGCUGUUCUGUCACCUCCUUUACACGACGGUGCUGGUGAGGGGAGCGCGGCUGCGGGCGCGGGGCGAGCUGAGCCACCGAGAGCGGGCGUUGGCGAGCGUGGCCGAGCUGGUUUUCUUCGCGGGGAGCGGGGCCAGCCUGGUGCUCGUGGCCCUCACGCACCGGCCCAGUCGAGAGAGGCUUUGCGGGCUGUUCAGGCGGCUGGCCGACUGCUGCCCGCGCGCGGCGCACCCUCAGCCCAACAGAAACAUCAUCACGCCGCACAUCGAGAUCGCAGACACCCUGCAGGACAUCGAGUCAUAGCGCUCUCCGAAACACGGUCGUCCAUGAUGCCCAAUGCGCCCACGACUCUUUUUUGUCUCCCCGCCCCCAGUUGCUGAAUGGCACAAAACAAAUAUGUAUUCAAUCCAUGAUCUGAUCGGCUUGUGCUCACAAGGUUCGCGGACGUGCUGGAGUUUA